AUCGUCGACAUAACCAAUGCAUGUUGAUAGCAUAUAGUCGUACCGCAAUAUAUAAAUAAACCAAUUUCGUGCGGCCAAAUGAAGAGCAUCUGGCCCAUGCAUAGACACAAAGACAAUAGUAUAUGUCCGACGUCUGCUAUAUUGAAUAUCAGCUACUACAACUCAAACAUGGAACUAAAACCACAUGAUAGAAAAAGAAUUGCCAAACGAAUGAUAGAAAGGGUGUCAGACUUUGAACGUGGUAUCAUGUGGAAAAUAUGGGCACAUACAGAAGAGUAUAAAGAACGCUCUCCAAGAGGAUUGUACACUCACCUCGUAAAUUUUAACAUGUGUGAACAUGACGCAGCAAUAAAAAACGAUGUAAAUCGUACCUUUCCAAAUCAUUCAGUAUUCAACGAAUCAAAUUAUACACAACAGAUACUAUUCAACGUACUGCGCGCAUAUGCAAUGUAUAACCCGGACGUAGGAUACUGCCAGGGGAUGGCAUUUAUCGCAGGAAUGCUCGUAAUAUAUAUGGAUGAAGAAGAUGCGUUCUACACAAUGAUAAGUGUGAUGGAGAAACACGAUAUCAAUAAGUUCUUUCUCCCUCAAAUGAAACAUUUGGAAAAAUAUUGCCAUGUCCUGGACCUAUAUCUUAACCGCAAGAUGAACCAAUUAUACCUCCAUCUACAAAAGAACAAUGUCAACACCAAAAUAAUCGCAUCACAGUGGUUCCUCACACUGUUUACCUACAGCUUCUCAGUAGAAACAGCCGCCAUAUUGUGGGAUGCAAUAUUAGCCAUGGAAGAUAAUUAUGUACUAUCGAUCGCCGUAGCCAUCUUCAAACUUCUCGAGGGGAUACUGAUCAACGCCAAACAAGAUGAACUACAAGAUAUCCUGAAAGAUCUAACGCCAUACGUAUCUGCAAGGGUGAUAUUACGCCACAUAGAUAAACAAAAGUAUCAGAAGGAAACUACAAAGCUAUUUAAACAUUAUUAUCAAAAGUAGCCAAAGCAGAUAAUAAAUCUGUCACCUCAGU